AUGAGUAUGCUUUGCCGAGGACAACAGCUUGCACGCUGUAUCGGGGGGGUGAAAUGCAACUUUGGCGGGCUUCUUUUGUUGAUCAUCAUAUUGUACGUCAUCUCAUUUGUGGCUGUCUGGCUCUUGUCUGCACCGGUGCAGGAGACCUGGUCGCUGUCGGGAGGGUCGCCUGCCCCAGUGACAGUGACACUUGGCAAGGGCUGCUCCGUUAAACUCUAUCGCCACGUCCCGGUUUCAUUGUUGUUUACCACCGCUUUUGAGGCUUCAAUGAAGAUACUUGACCACCACGGAUGUACAAGUGUGCGGGAAAUCCUGCAGAACGCUGGUGUCACUCGCUGUCCCCAGGGUUUUGCCCUUCAGUGCGUUGCAGGUCGCACAUGCAGCAUCCUUGACAAUACAACGAUGGAUAUGCAGGCGUUGAACCUCACAUUGGGAUUUCGUUACGCCUCGUCGAAAAAAAAUGGGGUGUACCCAUGGCUAAUUGCCAGUCGUAAGGGAAUGUAUUUGCCGGAUCUGGUGCGUCAAGGGAAUGCGGUGCUGUCUGCCCUAGGUCUUUUGCGCGUGGUGGCUCGUAUUGAGCGUUAUAUAUUUGCAUGCCAGAUGCCCUCAACAGAGGCGAUAUUGGCUGCAUGUACGACGAAAAAUGCAACAGGUGAAAAAAAGGAGCCUAGACGAUUUGUUUUAGUAGAGCUCGCAACUGGGAAUGCCAAUCUUCUUUUUACUAUUUGCCCACCGGAUCCUUUGCGUUGGUUAAGGUGCUACGGUGUGGAAACGGUUCAUGCCGUAUCUGCUGAUGCAAUGACAUAUCAAGAGCAUAUACGUAUUGUAAAUGGCGGGGUUUCCCCGCUCAGAGAUGGGUCGGCCACACACGUGCUGCUUCAUGGAAUUUUACACCUUAUCCCUGUGAACGACUCCUGCGCGUUGAUUCGGGAGGGUUUACGUCUUUUAGGGCCAAAGGGAAUCCUUUUAGUGGUGAUGUUGUUUACGGGUACCUCUGUGGUGUGGCCAACGGGAUAUCAUCCCUUUUUCUUUAAAGAUGCCGCGGUAGAGACGGAUCCUCUAAAUGCGUCGCGUUCUUCAACUGUUUUACGCUACUGUAGUACUAUUACAGGCGAGGACUAUGACACGCUUGUAGAAAAAGUGGAAUUCUUGUGGGACGCACCAGAGUUCGCUUUUUACACACCGCAGUUUAAGCGAACGGGGAUUUACGCGGUGCGUCUAACGCGGUCUGAAAAGCUAAUGCCUUCUUUGCCAGGGGAGGAACGACGGAUCGCGACACCAGAAGAAGAAGAGACUGAUCUAUACAAGGACAUCUGCACGAAUCCAAAGAAUUUGGACCGCAUGAAGGACGCACAGUCACUUUGGGGAGAACGUGUACUGGCGAUGCAUGCCCAUAGAGAACGCAGGCGACGUGGGAAGGGGCAUCACGUAUGGUCUAAGAAAUGA